AUGACCUCGCUCAUCCUCGCAACGCUGGGCGUUUUUAUUGUAAUCUCAUGUCCUCCUUCUCUUUCUGCUCCGAUUAUCGGUUCUUAUCCUAUAUCUAAUCUGUCCGCUGAAACUGUCUAUGAAACCGCCACGAUCUUUACAACGGAGACUGUACAAAAUACUAUGUUUUCUCCGACGCCGACAAGUUUUCCAACAUAUCCUGCCCCAACUGUCGAAAUCAUAGAUGGGAAGAUUCUCGCACUCCCACCAGAAACGACUUCAACGGUUACGGAAUUCGUUACAGCGAUAGUUACUGUGCUGCCAAUCUCUACUUCCACAUCUACAGUCGAAGUUGUCGUUACUGAUACCGUAACACCAAGUACUGCCAUUCAAGCGACCACCACCGUAGACACUGUCACUGUCGUUCCUUCCCCUUCAAAGCCGACAACCUGGACGGCACCUGCGCAAAUGACCGAUCUUUCAGCAUUCAACAUAACCAAUUUCGCUGGUGGCUCACAGAACCUUCGCAUCGUAGAUAAUCUUUCAACGAACUCAAGUACAGAGCUCAGUAACUCUUCUGCACCCACCGAAGUUGUCACUUUCGAAGUCUCCAGCGAUCACAGCUCGAACAAUGAUUCUUCGACCGUCUGGACCAAUGCAACGUCGGCUUUGCAAAUCUUGUAUCCCGAAAACUCAAUUGACCCGGCGCGAAAACCUCAAGGAGGAGCUGAAUUCUACGCCGCUCCAUUGGAAUUGAAGAAUGCGAAGAACGUCACCCUGGAGUAUAGUGUGUUUUUCCCCCAAGCUUUCGAUUGGGUUUUGGGGGGCAAGCUACCCGGUCUGUAUGGCGGUCGCCAGGGAUGUUCAGGUGGGGAUGCGGCGGUUGACUGCUUCAGCACUCGACUCAUGUGGAGGAAAGAUGGUCUAGGAGAGUUAUAUCUAUAUGCUCCGAAAGACAAACAAACUGAUUCGUUAUGCAAUGAUCCUAAAUCCGUAUGCGAUGCUGACUAUGGGCUUUCCAUUGGACGUGGAUCUUUCGUAUUCGCCCCGGGAAGCUGGACGCAUGUACGACAGACUGUGACGUUGAAUACCCCUGGCCAACAAGAUGGUUGCUUCACGCUUGAAGUUAACGGCAAUACGGUUAUUGACCGUAAUGAUGUGUACUAUCGAGGAGCACCGCUUUCAUCUUCCCUUCCUUCAUCCGUUCCAAGUAAUGUUGAUUCCAGAAAGACAACCCCCAAAACGACUGGUAGUCACACUAGUGCAACUUCCGCCACCUCACCUGCACGCAUACACCAGCCUCAACCUUCUGAUUCCGGUGACCUGUUUGGUCCCGGGGGUCUUUUAGGUGGAAUACUCAAACGAGCAAACCAAGAAGUGGUCAUCUCAGAGGAAAUAAAUGGCAAACAGCAAUCUCUUCGCUUGAAAACUUCCAACGCAGAUACAGUACCUGACGGCAAUGCGGAUAACGACGAUAACGACGAUCCGGAAAAUCCGAGCCUUCCUUUACUUGGAAAUACGUUACAAGGACAUUCUACCGCAUCAGAUCAACCACCUGGUUUCAUUGGACUAUUCUUCAGUACCUUCUUUGGUGGCCACGAAAAGCAAUAUGCUUCUCCAGAGGACCAAUUGGUGUGGUUCAAGGAUUUCGCGAUGUCGAACAACGGAUGA